AUGUAUUUGCUGGAUUUUCCUCUCAGUUUUCUCAAGCUUCUGCCUCCAAGCCGUUGUCAAAGCGCAGUUAUGUCCAACGGAGGUGUGAAGAGGAAGUUGGCUGUGCUUGAUCGGGAUGCCUUCUUGGAGAAGUCGAAGGCCGCUCGCAUGCAGCGUUGCCCUCAAGGGCACUUCAUCAAGGCGAUGUACUCAUCCCUUGUGGAUGCCAUUAUCACUGAUCCAGAGCUAAUGGUGCUGCCACUGGACGAUCAUGCUAUUGUCAGGGGGCAUGCUGUCUUUGACACCUGUACGCUCGCCAACGGCUGCGUUUAUAGGUUGGGACUGCAUUUGGAUCGUCUCUUCACCUCUGCCAAGCUAGCAAAGUUGAAGCUGCCCUUCGGCGACAGUGAGGACGAGAACCGGAGAAGAAUAACAGAAAUUGUUUGCGAGACUUGUGUCGCAAGCGGCCUAAAGAAUGGAGGCGUGCGAUACUUUCUCACUGCUGGGCCUGGAAACUUUGGAUUCACCUCAGCAGGUUGUGAGCCUGCGUUCUACGUGACCGUGCUCAAAAGCGAGAAAGAUUCUGAAGCAACAGCAUUUGCCGAACGACUCGACGAGUAUGGCCGAGCAGUUUUGCCAGAUGGAAGGCUAACGAAAUCAGAAAGUUUGCAACUUUGCGAUCAGGUGCCGUGCUUUCUAGACAAGCCAAAGGUCUUUGUUGCAGGCUCCACUGGCGAGCUUGGUCGGAGGGCUACCUUGGAUAUGCUUCGGAAUGGCAUGUCCCUUUACCUUGGAGUGCGAGACGAGGGUCGAAUGUACGAGGUGCAAUAUCAGAAUCGUAGCUCCACCAAGUACCAGAUGACUGUCAUCCCAGAUGCGUUUAUUGAGGGUGGACAUGAGAAGGCCUUGGAGAUGCAGCUGCAGGAUGCUUCAGUGGUGGUCGAUCUGGCUGGAGCUCGCUUUGGCUUCGACAUCCUUCGGCCGGGCGUCGGCCUCGAUAACGAAGAGCCGGAGCGUUGUGACCUCAACGGGACGAAGGCCUUGGUGGAUGCAGCUAAGGCUAAAG